UUUUGAACGCCCACGUAGCUUGUAGGCGUGGUCUUUGUGGUAGAAAGAAAGAUUUCAGAGAGGAGCCAAAAUGUCACUAUUUACUGCUAUAGACUCGAAGUUCCAGGCUGAUUCUAACGGAUCCAUUGCUACAAAACAAUUCCUCUUAGCCUGCCGUGAAAUACUACCAAUAUUUGACACAUUGGGGCCAGUAGUGUUUGCUCCAGUGAAGAAAGACAUUGCUGGCAAUGUGGAUCGUUUGUGGGACAAAAUGAUGACCGAUACUGAGAAAUACAUUCUCUUGUUUAACAUUGUUGAAGCUGAAAUGACUGACGGAACUCACACUGGUACUCACUCUUGCACAAGAGGACUCUUGUGGCUUAAACGGGCUUUAGAAUUCAUAUUCAUUUUCCUGGAUAAUGUCCUGAAAGGAGAACAAGAUCUAGUCAAGUGUGCUCACGCUGCUUAUGAUAAUUCACUCAGGAAGUAUCACGGGUGGAUUGUCCGUGGAGUUUUUUCUGUUGCUGUAAGAGCUGUACCGUAUUACAGCGACUUCAUGAAGAGUUUGAAGAAAAGUGAAAUAACAGACGAAGAGGUACUGGGACACAUGAAGGACUCAAAUGAAGCACUGAAAUGUACUAUAGACGAAAUUAACAAAUACUAUGCAGCUAAGGGACUUAAUUUUGAAGACACCGUUUAAUUUUUUUACGACUGA